UUACACACAUGUAGAAGAUGAAUCUGCAGGAAGGGGGUUACUGUCGAGCAAACGGCGUUGGCUUUCCUUUAUCAGCCCACGGAUAAAGUCGGCUGAUCCCUGUACCCUCAGAUUGAGCAAUGUAGCAAGGGACAGGCAGCUUUAAAUUCAGCUAGAAAAACAAAGGCAGCGCAGAGAGGAAAGGGAAAGAAAAGGAAAGGAGAGUCCUGUCAAACAAGACAAACAGAGAAGAAAGAGCACCCCACCUGAGUUGGAAUAACGUGGCGAGGAAAGGAAGCAGCUGUAAAAUAGAGUUACUUAUUAACAAAGGCGAUGGAAGAGGAAAUGGUGGAGGGAAUGCAACUUUUUAUUUGAGGUUUUGGGGAGGAGUAUGAAAGAUUUGAGAGUAAGAGAGGGGGGGUCAGAGGCAGGGGUCUAAUAGAGAGUAAUUGUGGUGACAGCCAGUGCAAGGGAACAAGGACCCAUGUGAGACACAGAGGAAUUAAAAGAUAAAAGACAGAGAGAAGGACUGGCAGACCCAAAACUGGACUUCAGUAUGGGUGUAAAGAGCAAGGCUGCUGCAGCUAUCUUAGUCCUGCUGCUUUUCCUUGGCUCCCUGUGGCUCCAGGGAAGUCUGGAUUACCACUGGGAGUCUUGUUUAAAGGGCUACAAUCAGGUGAAUAAGCUUCACCAGCUGUCUAACAGCAGUGGCACUGAUGGGACCGCGGGCUCAUCGGUCCUGGAGAUGUGUCCUGGUCAGACCUUCCAGGUGUCUCUUCUGCUGUCCCACCUGCAUGCUGCACUGGGCGACACCUCUGAUGUUCUGCUGCAGCCGUAUCUGUCCAGCUGGGACGAACUAGUCAAGUUUAUGGAUGCUCUAGGCCCAAUGGUUGGACUAAUAUCUAAGGAGAUAGAAACUAAGACUUCUAUCAUUCGCCAACUGGCUCUGCUGGCAGAGGAAAACCCUGAAGCAGAGCUGGGUCCUGAUGGACUCCCAAUAAACUCUGUGAGCACAGAGGCUGGAAAAAACAAUAAUAUGAAAAGCUCUCAGCAUUCUUCUGCUUACCAUUCUGUUCAGUCCAUGAUCUUAGUGGAGCUGAACAGAGGCGUGGUGGACUUCCACCACCAGACAGACUCUGGAUGUCGGACUCUUCUGCGCCUGCAUCGUGCUCUUCUUUGGCUGAAGCUCUUCCUGGAGAAGCUGGCAGAGACGCCGGUGACCGGCCGGCUCAGGAGCCCCUCAGAGCUCUGCCGGGAGUCCUACCAGCAGACCCUGGCAAACCACCACACCUGGUUUGUCCGCAGGGCUGCUGAGCUGGCCUUCAUUGCCUUGCCAGAGCGGGGAUAUUUCUUCAGGCUGGUGUGUGUGCAGAACCAGCAGGAGCUGAGCACAGUGCUGACCAAAGUGGUUCGGGCUAUUGGAGAGGUUUAUGAGAGGACACAAAGAGCCCUGGAGGACAAUAACAUGCUGGACUUGCCAUAGAAGGGACAUUAUUAAAGAAGACAUAGCUUCUUCUGCUCUUUUAAUGUUUUCUACCAUGUCUUUCGGGUACAUCAGAAAUCAGGAACAAACAUCUUGUUCCAAAGUAGAUGUACACAUGAAAACUAGAACUUACAAGUGCCAUAUUUUAAUGCCGACCAAGUGCUGUAUCAACAAUCAACUGAAAGUUUGCUUUCAGUCUUCAGACAUUCCUCACCAGACUUUGUGAGAUAAUGUCUUGAUGUGUCCCCACCUUAAGGGUGUUUUUAAGGCAGCUGACUGACUAAAUGCUGGGGUAUGGAAUAUUUAAGUAUGUGGACACAAUGACCUGAACACAAGCACAAUCUGAAAGAAGGUUUAAAGCCCUGGUCAUGGGGCCAGAUCCUGCCCUCAAUGUAAUCUUAUAAGAUUUCCCUGAGCAAAAUACUGCAUUUUUCCCAUUCUGACCCACUUUAAAUGUGGAACAAGCCAAGAAAUACCUAAGCCGUAGGACCAUCAGUUUUGUGAAUCAUUAAACAGUAAAUGGCAAAAAUGAUGUAAAGUAAACUAUCCUGCUGUUUAAUUUGUCACCAUUUGAGAAUAUGAAAUUAGUUCAUGCUUGAAAUUGUAAAUUUUUAAUCAGAUGAAAAUAAGAGUGUGAAACAAGUGGCCUCCAAAGAAACUAAUUCUUUUUUAUUUAACUUAAUUCAGAUACUUUUGAGCCUUUAUAUCAAUGUAAUUUAAUUAGUAUGCUACCUCAAAACUUUCUAGGUUUUGUUGCCUUGUAGCCCCAAAAUCUGGGAUCAAUCUAUUAUGAUUAUAAAGCCCUUACAAAGAAAAUCAGCACAGAUAUGACUGUGGUUUGAGUGUCAAAUAUUUUAAUUUCUACAUUUUGUUAUAUGUAUGUUUGUAUCAUGUCCAGAAUUAUUAAAUGCCUGCCAUAAUGGGGGAAUCCAGUGAUCAUUUCUAACAAAGUCCAGUUGUAUGAUGUUUUAACUCUGAUACUUACAUGCCACAUACUCUUAUGUAAUGUUACCAACCAUCCAGCAGAGGAUCCCAUUCUCUUCACUUCACUAACGUCACAGAUACAGACCAUAUCCACAGCCUUAAGAAGAUAUGUUUUGGAUAUGGUUUAGUGAUUGUGUGAAGGUUUUUGUGACUCAUAAAAUGCAAAGUGUGCUAACAUUAAAACUCAAAAUAAUGAUUAUUUCCUUUAAGAAACAUUAUAAAGUUCAAUUUCACACAUUAAAAAAGCAUCAAUAAGAGAAUUCAGAGUAGAACAUUAUAUUAAAUUAAUCAUUGUGCGUAUGUAGAAUAGCAGGUGUGGACUAUCAGUAACAGUAACCUGUGCUUCUCUCAAUCAGACUAUUUUAAACCCACAAAUACCUCUAAUGCUGCGUAAUCCUGGCUCUCUCCCUUUUCCUGUGCUGGCUGUCUCUUUCUGAGGAAAGAGUAAGGAAAGAACAGAUAAGGAUAGAGCCUAAGGCCACAGAGUGAACAGACAGGAGCUGGGUGAAGGUCACUGACUGAGCGGAAGCACACUUCUAAUGUAAUCUUGUCAAAGACUCGACUGCAGACCGUACGAAGAAAAAAAAAACACAAAAGAAGAAGUAAAGAGACUCCGAAAGUAUAGUACGACUCAUUAUUUUUAUCAUCUGUGGUUCAUUAAUAUUUAUGACUGAACUCAUGACCUUUGAUCUGUGACUCUCUUUUCUCAUGUGAGUUGAAAGAUGAUGCAUUGCUGCUGGUAUUUCUACUACACAUUUAUUAACUACCAUAGAGAUAAUGCAUGCAUGUAUCUAUCAUUUCACAGCUGCUUGCAGAGAGAGAUAGAAUACUCACACCGGUAGGCUACUUCAGUAGUGUCACUGGUGGUGCAGGCUGUGAGGAUUACAGUGAAUGAGAUUACAUUAGAUUAUAUCCACCUGGCUCUGCUUCUGACUCUGGUUUCUCUAUUUUUUCCCCUGCAACAGCUCCAUUAGUGUCUUUGAACCCUAAUGAAAAGGUUAUGCACUGGCUUUAUAACCAUACAACUUUAAUCUUGGUACACAGGAAGUAAAAUUCACUCAAAUUGAAGAAAAUUUUACUCUACACAGAUUUGGUCCCUCUAUAAAAAC